AUGGCUGUGAUUUAUCAAGCAGUGUAUAGAAGAGCUUCCUCUCUCUUCUGCAGGUUACACUCUACCUAUGUUAGAAAAAUGAGAUACUUAAAUGAGCUAAAGGAAGAUGACAGCCUUUGUAGACAAGCACAGACCUCAGGAACCUUCUACCUCUUUCACAACCUCUCCCCCUUCCUGCAGGAAGUUGGGAAGAAAUAUUUGGUACCACAGCUCAGUGCAGCAGAGAUGAAAAGGAUCCUGGAGAAAUUCAAAGAGACUGAACAGUGGAUAGAGAAGUCGGUGCUGAUCGGUUGUUCAGACGAGCACGUACCACAGUUUGCCCUGGAUUUAGGAGCCUUGGAGAAAUCAGUCAUUGAGUCUGAACUCAAGGGAUCGUUUACUGACUUACGAAAGGCUCUCUUUGUAGUGGAUGGGAAAGAUUCUCCUUUUCUGGCUUCGGCCCAGUCCCUUCUCCGGUGGCACGAUUCCCACCAGUACUGUAGCAAAACAGGGCAGCCCACUCAGAAAAAUGUAGCUGGCAGCAAGCGUGUCUGCCAUGCCAGCGGCAUAACUUACUAUCCACAGAUGUCUCCAGUGGUCAUCACCCUGGUGUCUGAUGGGAGCCGGUGCCUCCUCGCACGACAGCCCUCAUAUCCCCGGGGGAUGUACACCGCUCUGUCAGGCUUCUGUGACGUCGGUGAAAACGUGGAGGAGACAGUCCGGCGAGAGGUGGCAGAAGAGGUGGGCCUGGAGGUGGAGUCACUCUGGUACUCAGCUUCUCAGCACUGGCCCUUUCCCAGCAGCUGCUUAAUGAUAGCUUGUCACGCGUUGGUGAGGGCGCAGCAGGCUGAGAUCAGUAUGAACAGCCUGGAACUAGAGGAAGCCCACUGGUUUGGCCUGGAGGAAAUCAUGGAGGGUCUCAAGAGAGAGCCCAGAUCUUCAAAGCAAGACGAUGGUAGUUUUCUACCCUGGUUCCCUCCCAAACAGGCCAUCGCUCACCAGCUGAUCUGUGAGUGGGUUAAGCAGCAAACUUCCCAGCCGGCUUAG